CAUAAGAGACGACCAUGUGUGGAGAGUAGCUAAACACAGAGCUAGCUAGCUACAGUCAAGCAGAGGUGAUUCUUGCUCGGAUAUAUUGAACACACAGUCUAUAAGCUGGACUUGCAUUUCUGUAGAUUGCAGUUAUGAUGCUAAAUAAGGAGAAUAGUGACUCUUAUCUUUGAAGGUGGUUUUAAUAUCUGCUCACAUUCUACACAAUCUAUUCCCCCUAGCCUAGCAACUACUCUGUCCAGUGUCCACCACAUCAUCUGAUUCUGGUUGCCAUUAAGAAGAGCUCUCUUGACUCAACGGAAUAUGACGGAUGUUUCCACACUGACCAACAUCACACCGUCCCUCAGUGACAUAUAUGGUGACACUCCUGAUGAUGAUGAUGUUGCCUCAGAUGAGGCCCUGGCUGCUAGUCCUAAGAGUAGUCCAGUCACUCGGACAAGACAAAAGGUGUUGCCUCCACACUGGGAGAAGGUGCGCAGUGAGCAGCACCAUCGCUGCUAUUACUGGCACAGGGAGACUGGGAAGACCACCUGGAAGUUCCCCGAGGAGGAAGCUAAGGAGCACUCUAAGGUUGUCCGGUCACAUGACUACAUCAAUGUCAAGCGCACUCCACCCAUCAAAGGACCGAGGAGACUCGUCAUUAGCGACUCUACUCACUCGACCAAUCAUGAUACAACUGAAAAGAACCAAAAAAAUGAAACUUUCACCAGCACCCCACCCCCUCAAAGGAGCACCACGUCCCCUCCAAUGACCACCCUGCCCCCUCAUAUGACCACCACGCCCACUCAAAGGAGUACCCCGCCCCCUCAAAGACCUCGGAGCAGCUACGUGAAUGUUGAACUAGUAUCCAGUGCCAACCAACUGCCUCCGGAGCCAAUGACUCCUCUCUCCCCUGUUCCCAUGGAUACCAGACUCUCGUUAACCCAGUCUGACGAGGGAGUCUCCCCCAUGAGCCCCACCCUCCUACACAGUGAGGGGAUCUCCCCCCUGAGCCCCACUCCCAUACACAGUGAGGGGAUCUCCCCCCUGAGCCCCACUCCCAUACACAAUGAGGGGAUCUCCCCCCUGAGCCCCACUCCCAUACACAAUGAGGGGAUCUCCCCCCUGAGCCCCAGCCCCCCAAUUCCACCUAGACACUAUUCAGAAUCAGAGUUCAGCUCCGAUGGAAGUGCCACGCCUACUAAAAGAUCCCACCAAUCGAAUUCCAGCACUGAAGAUUGUACAUCUCCGCAGUCAACAAGAGCUCCUGUGAAGCACACGUUCACUACUCAAGGUCACGAGUAUGCUGUCAUCCACCGAGGAGGGGUCAAAGGUGAAGACGAGAACACACCCAUUAUGAGAAUACUCAGUCCACCCCCUCCAGUUCCAAUGAAACCUCGCCAACGAUUAGCCCAAGACGCCCACGAAGCUGGCUACACUGAGAUAGCGGAGAAGAGCUUACAAAACAGAGUUUAUGCAGAGCUAGAAAUGCCGUCCAGUCAUUCGGACGACUCUAAUCAGAACCCUAAAUCACCGAUUGCGUAUGCUGUGGUUGACCUUGGUAAAGAGACUGCACCCUCCGCUGAAAGGAGGCGCCAAACGACGACAAGGAAGGAAUUGAUACCUCUGAAGCCCCGCCCAUAUGAGACGCCCACUCUUAGUAUGGAGAACCUGGCUGACCCCGGCUAUGAGACUGUGAGGGACAAGCUACCAGGAGAUGACGGCUAUAUGGAGGUGGACAGGAACACUCUACUCUCCUAUCAGAGGACCUACAGUGUAGGACAGACCAAGACCAGAAGAGUUUCCUCUAAAGAGCUCUAUACUCUACCUCCUGGCAAGGACACAGGGGAAAGUCCCUUAUCGAGAAAGGGCAGUCCAUCUACAGGAGAGGAAAGCCCCUCACAAGACUCUGUGUUUGACUCACCGUACGACCUUCCCUCAAACAGCAAGAAACUGAGCGUCACAUUACCACGAACCAGUGCUCCUCCUUCCCCUGGCUACUCUCGUUUGGAGGACCUCUCCAAAGAGGCCAUUCUGUUACGCUCUGGUGUGACUCUGAGGCGCUAUCAGCAGCUUGACUCUGUGUCCAGUCUGCGCUCCCAGGGAGGGCCAGGAAGCGAGGAGUCAUCAGGGUCAGAUCAUGAUGAUGCACUGGAGCCUGUACACAGAGCCAUUAAGUCACUGGAGACCUCCCUGGGAGUAUCGGCAGAUGGAUCCCCCCUGCAGUUAGUGAGGACCCCCCCUGGUCCCCCCUCAUGGACCAAGGUACAGCGACGCCCACACGCUUACGAACCCGUCAAUGAUUCCCUUGACGUCACGGCUGAGCCGGCCAAUCAGAUUGCACGAAAGCAACACCUGACCUCAUCAAGUAUUGAAAUGGAUUGGGACGAAACAGAAUUGAGCGCUCCCAAAAGUGGCCUCACUCGAGUGCAGGAAUUGUCUCAGCAAAGAUCCUCAUCGCAACCCAACCUCCUCAGAGAUAGUGAUGUAGUAUUUCCCCACUUGGAGAAACCGCCUCGUGUUUCGGAAGAAGCCUUCAAAAUGCGUCAAAAUCGGCUUUUGAAUCACAAAUACGAAGAUAUGGAAAAAGGGGAGGAGUCUGGUGAUGUUACACACAGUGCAGAGUCCGUGGGGGAUGUGACUACACUGAACUCUGCCGGGGUAAAAGAGAGCUGGACGGAGGGGGGUGGUCUCGAGGGGGAGCUGCCGAGGGGUUGGCAGAACAUGAAGGAUGAGACUGGACGUGUGUAUUACUGGCAUGUGCCCUCAGGGAGGACACAGUAUAACAGGCCAACAGGCGAUGAUAUCAAGAGACUGAGUCUAUGUGUUGAUGACAGCCACACUGGUGGGCGUGGUCAAGCCUCGGCUGAUGAGAGGAGGAGACCCUCUCCUGCCUUUAGGGCACACUUCAUAGGAUCAUGGGAUGUGGAUGAGUCAGAGCUGGUGCAGGGUCAGUGUGUGAAGGUGGUCCACUCGUGUAUUAGCAACAUCAGUGGAGACUCCACUCCCACCAAGGACUCCCAGGUGUUCCUGCAAGUGCACAAUGCCUCUCUACGUUGGCUGGACCCGGAGACCUCCUCUCCCACGCUCACACAACCCAUCAACAAGAUACGUGUGUGGGGCAUUGGACUGGACAAUGAGCGUCACUUUGGUUAUGUGGCUAGAGACAUUGUUACCAAGAGACACAAGUGUCAUGUGUUCCGGUGUGAGCGACCAGCCCGAGCAGUUGCUAGGGCUCUACUGGAGGCUCAUCAGAGGGAUCGUCAGGAGAAACGAGCAAGGAAGGCAACAAAAAAAGAGGAAAGUGCAGCAGCAAAAGAGCUGGUUAAAGAGCCCUCAGUGAGCGCUAGUCAGAGCCAGCACACUAAGAGGGACAACUCUCAGAGUCCAGAGAAACAAGACGAAUACAAACGAAUCACAUGCACGUACAUGGGAUCAUGUGAUGUGUUCCAGGGGAAAGAGAUUGGAGCUGUGAAUGAAGGCGUGAGUAGACUGUGUAUGGAGAAUCACCGUGGUUACCUGGACGUGCACGUGGAUGUGGCCACCUCUCAUGUCAGGAUAACAGCUGUCAAAAAUGACACUGUGAUCGCUGAGCACAGAGUUCGCUUCCUCGUUUUUCUCGGUAUUGCCAAUGACGACCGUUACUGUGGUUACAUACUGGACAAUGGCACGCAUGGAAACAUGAAGCAACUCAAGUUCCAUGGCUUCCGUAAAGAGCCCAAUACUGACAGGUUAUGUCUGGCUCUACAUGGAGCAUGUCAGGCACGCUAUCAGAGAGUGCUGCAAGCCAACCCUGGGGCAAGAGUGGAGGGGGUCUCCCCACCCACAGAGAAACCAUCUCCACCAUUAAAAGCCAAGUCCACUCCAAACCUCCUUGAACGUCUGGGCAGUUUGCGAAAACCAAAAAAAUCGCUCGUGGAAGAUGAAUCGAGCUUUGUUGUGCAAUACCUUGGUUGCCAAGGCGUCACUAAGACGGAGGGGUUGGAUGCUGUCAGAGUACCGCUACAGCAAAUGGCACAGCCUAAAACGCCCACUCUCUCCAGCACUCCAUUUCUCGUGGACUUUGAUGUGACCCCUGGAGGAAUAUUCAUCACUGACCCUCAGAAAAAAGUGUUUAAUAGAAAGAGUUUCCCAAUCAAAACCAUCACAUACAUUGUCAGAAUCAGGGAAUACUUUGCAUUCAUCUCAAAAGACAGUGGAAAACUGAAUUGCCACGUUUUCCUGGAGAAUGAGGUUGAUGCUGGCACAGUAGUCAACACUGUUGAGAAGAUACUAUCUCCUGACAAUCCAAGGUCCCCCACCAAAUGAACACUCACUAACUUUUGUAUGUUCGCUGUGUUUGUGUUUAAACUCAUGAUCAAUGCAUACGUAAUUGCAUACAUAAUUCGCAUUUUCCCUAUCACAAUAAUUAUUAUCAGGAAAUUUAA